GUCUCUUUUUCCCUUUUUGCUUGCCAUUUUUAUUUAUGAAGAGCUAUCAUAUAAUGCAACAGAAUAGUUCAGUACCAACUUAUCUAAAUUGCCUACGUUUAAUCUCGUUAAUCACGGCUGUUUGUAUUGUGAUUGGAUCGCUUGGCUUCUACAGCAAUCAUUCCCUUCCAUUGUCAAUUACAACAGACAAUGAUGAUCAACCACAACAGUUGGGAAGUAUAACUACAACAUGGAUCAUGCAAACAAUCAGUGACCGUAGACUCAUAUCGACUCUCGUUGCCGCACAAGCAUCCAUAUUUUGUCCUUUAUUUAUGUUGCUCAGUCAAUCUACUGCUGUCACCACGAGUAUGAAGAAAAGCUACAUCGAAGAAGAAGACGAAAAUAGUGAAUAUAAAGAUAAUUGCAGCAACAGUAGUUUCUUAGAAAUGGCUUGUCAAUUCUUAAUGCCGUUGGGGCUAGCACUCAGCUGGAUUUUUUCAAUCCUUUUUGAUAUGAAAACAUCAGAAGUAAUGCAAUACACAUCCUCUAGCAAUAGCGGAGUAUGUCUAUUGCAACAACGAGGUGAUGGUUGUCUUCUUUUCGAAUUUAUUUACGGCUUAAAAUACGUCAUUGUCGGUUUAUUUGCGCUAGAAACAUUACUCGUUACCUGCACUUUUUUCAGCAAUAAGCGUAUACAAUUGCCUUUAGAAGACGAGCAUGAUAUUGCUGUAUUUAUCAACAAGGAUCGAGGUAUCUUCCCCUUUCACUAUCUCCUGAAAAACCUUCAAUAUUAACCCUAAUAAAACUUUACUGAUCCAAUCAGAAAUUAUUAUCGUAAGCAUUCAAAUAUUGAUUUCCCCGUUUUAGAUCAGCUUAAACUGAGUUCUAAAGCAAUUAAAUGAGUUGCAUCGAGCUGGUUCUGUAAAAGGAACGCCUUUUUUUCAUAUCAUAUUGUCAAAGGAAUUUUGAUUGCGCUUUGGCCAUUUACAUUUAAAGCAGAAAAAAAAGUUCUCCGCAUAUUACCGUUAGCUGAUAGGAUUUUGUGUCGUUUCUGAGCCUAGAAAAAAAAAAAAGAACUAAAUGCCAUUAUAGUCUGCAU